UUUUAACUUCUUGAUGAUAUCUAAAGCCCCCUUUCAUCUUCUAUUCUCAUGUCUGCAACAGCUUACAGCGCACAGGCUACAUCAGUCCUGGUACCAUUUUCUGCCUGGACGAAAAAGUUCACUAUUCCUUGCAAAAGCUUUGUGGGCUUGUUUGGUUCGAUUUUCAGCUGACACCCAAAGGAUCUCUAUGAAUUAAGGUGGUGAUAAUGAUUAUAGCAAAGCAGUAUCGUUGCAUACAUUCAGCAAGCUGUGCGUGCACAAAAGGGCAUCUAACUGAAGAAGUUAUCUUCCUACUUUUUCAACAUUUGAACUGGAACCCCAAGUUGAUAUCCACUCUUUCUUCUGCAUGCAAAUGGUUUGAUGAUCUUGCUAAGAGAGUACUCUGGAAGGAGUUUUGCCGAACAAGAGCUCCAAAGAUGAUGCUUGAUCUGCAAUCUAGUGGGAGUCACAAUGUUGAUGGUAACUGGAGGUCACUCGGGAAGCUCCUUAUUUACUGUUCAGGAUGUACCAAGGGGCUAUUCAACAGCAUUCAUAUUCCUGGUCACUUUGUUCACAGGACCCGGUUCUCCAGGACAUCAGGGAAAAGUUUUCUUUUACCACAGUGCAGAACAGAUAUUUUGUAUGUCUCUGAUCCCUGUGAACACCUUGACCAAGGGGAAGAGGGGGAUGUUGGAUUUUUUCGUGGAAUUUUCAAGUCAUUUGCAGGGUCAAAGGUUCGGAAGAUGCUGAUCGGAAAACGGGCCCAGCUCCAUCCAACGGAGAUGUGCCCCUAUUGUAAGGCAAAGCUUUGGAGCAUGCUGCAAGCAAAAAUGAUACCGCAGAGUGCCAGCUGUAGGUUAGGUGCCUACAGAGAUUGCAUUGAGUAUUAUGUGUGUCUUAAUGGGCAUGUGCUUGGGAUCUGCACCCUCUUACCCUUGUCUGAUUCAGAAGAAACGUCUGAGAUCGAGUAAUUCUUGAAACGAAACCAAGGAUUUUAUGUAAUUCCAAAGAUGAAUGUCCAUUUCGUGGUGGAUCUGACAUAGACCUGAGUAAAGCCAUAUAUUAACAGGCUUUUUAUUCAUCUUUCGGUGGAAGCUAAAAUCAACUGCCACUGUAUCAUUUAAACGUGUAUGAAUAUUUCACAUCCCAAUCUUUCUUAGCUGUGAGGAUUCGAAGCUAAUGCUAGUAAGGUGGUUGUGAACCAUGUAAUCCUAUGUACAUUGUAUCCAAUUAUAUGUUUAUUCAGAUUUGAAUGACAGAUUAGAAUC